CAUCCCUCCACGCUCACAGGUCGUCAUUUGCUGCCUCUUCCUCUCGUCCCUCUGAGCCUCGUCUUCCGAAGCUCUGCAGAAGUUACCAAGCACAAGGCCAAGAACAAGCAAGCAAGCAUGUCGAAGCUUCUUGCGCCAGCACCGCUCCCCGUGCUCUUGCUUCUCGUGCUGUCCGCGUGCACGACGCCCGCGCGCGGCGGCGACGACUACACGGCGUUCGUGUACGCCGGGUGCUCGCAGGCGCGCUACGACCCCGGGUCGCAGUACGCGGCGGACGUGGACACCACCCUGUCCUCCCUCGUCAACAGCGCCGGCUACACCGCCUACGCCAACUACACCUCACCGUCGGCCGCCACGGGCCUGGCCGGCGUGUACCAGUGCCGCUCCGACCUCCCCGCCGCCGUCUGCGGCGGCUGCGUCAAGUCCGCCGUCUCCAAGGUCUCCUCGCUCUGCAACUCGGCGGCGGGCGCCGCGGUGCAGCUGCGCGCCUGCUUCGUGCGGUACGGGAACGACUCGUUCCUGGGGAAGCAGGACACGACGGUGCUGUUCAAGAAGUGCGGCGGCGAGAGCGCCGGGGACACGGGCGUCGUGGCCAUGAGGGACGCCGCGCUCGGCGCGCUCGUGGCCGCCGCGGCGCCCCCCGCCGGCGACGGCUCCUACCGCGCCGGCGCGGCGGGGUACGUGCAGGCCAUGUCGCAGUGCGUCGGGGACCUCGGCGCCAAGGCGUGCACCGACUGCGUCUCGGCCGCGUCCUCGCAGCUCAAGGCCGGAUGCGGGUACGCCUCCGCCGGGGAGGUGUACCUAGGCAAGUGCUACGCGCGCUUCUGGUCCAAUGCCGGCGGCGGCAGCGGCAACGGCGGUGUACCAGCAGUCGGAGGUGGCGCCGGCACCGGCAGUAGCAAUGGCGUCGGCGGCGUGGGAGGAGCAAACAAUGGAUACGCGUACGGCGGGUUCGUGCCAAAUACCUAUGGCCAGCACGAUGAAUCCGGGAAAACCCUCGCCAUCAUCAUCGGCCUUGUGGCGGCGGUCGCCAUUGUUAUCGUCCUCCUCUCCUUCGUCCGUAGGGCCGGCGGUGUUGGUGGCAAAAGCUAAGAGCAUGCAGCGGGAUGGUCACGACUUGGCUCCAGAUUGGAUCGGUCGGUGGCUUUUGCUUGAAAACCGCUUUAGUCCAUCUGCCUCUUUAUAUCUUUUAGGGUCUCUUUUGUCCUGUCAUUAUCGGCCGAAACAAAGGGAAGCCAUGCUGAAACGACGCAAGCUGAAAGGCGCUCGCUGUGCAGGAAUGCGAAAGGGAAGAUUCCAGCCGCUAUCAACUAGUAGUACUAGCUAGCCACCAAGCAAGAUAAAAUUCACCAUAAAAAAUAGCAUGUGGCCUAUACAUACUUAUAUAUAUACUACAGCGUAUUUAUUUGUGGGACCCAGCAUAUGAUUCAUGUCCAAGUUGAUGGGGUGUGGUCAUCGAUCUCUUACCAUUGGUGAUGUGUCGAGUUAUGAUGUAUAUUAUUGUUAAUCUCUUUGAAGGUAAUUGGCUACUGGAAUUUUGUAUCCUUGCAUUGGGAAUAAUGAGCAUAUGAUAUAGUGAUUGGUAUUGAAGUUGAGGAGCUUAA